UUCUAGAUUUCUCUCCAAUAUUCAUCUGGAGGCUCAUGGUAUCACACAUGUGGAGGAACUCUCAUUACCCAGAACUGGGUGAUGACAGCAGCUCACUGUGUGGAUAGCAACAUGAAUUUCCGAGUCGUCCUUGGUGAUCACAACCUGUCCCAGAAUGAUGGUACCGAACAGUAUCUUGGUGUCAGCAAAAUUGUGAAACAUGAGUACUGGAACCCCAACAACGUGGCUGGCGGCUAUGACAUCGCCCUGCUCCGUCUGAGCCAGAGUGCCACCCUCAACAGAUACGUCCAACUGGGCACCCUACCCCCACGUGGUCAGAUCUUGGCCAACAACAACCCCUGUUAUAUCACAGGCUGGGGCAGGACCAGGACCAAUGGGCAGCUGGCUGAGACCCUACAGCAGGCCUACCUACCAGUAGUGGAUUAUGCAACCUGCUCCAGCAGCUCCUACUGGGGAUCUACCGUCAAAAAUACCAUGGUGUGUGCAGGAGGUGACGGCGUGAGAUCUGGAUGUCAGGGAGAUUCUGGGGGUCCUCUUCACUGCCAGGUUAAUGGCCAGUAUGUUGUCCAUGGAGUGACCAGUUUUGUGUCCAGCCAGGGCUGUAACGUUGCCAGGAAACCCACCGUCUUCACCAGAGUCUCCAAUUAUAUCACUUGGAUCAAUAAUGUUAUUGCUUACAACUGAAGGUUUCCCUGAGACCAAAGCUCUGCCAUCUUGGAAGGGCCUCAACUCCUCUGCAUAAGUUGAAAUCAUGGAGAAAAUUCAGGACAAGGGCAUGCUGUGCCAAAUGUAGACAUAUAUACCAAAUAAAAUCAAAUUAUCAAAAUAUCAAA